AUGGUGGCUCUUGCUCCGAAUGCACCUCAGGUUGUCCAGGGUAUUGCUGGCGGUAGUAAUGCUGUUCUACCUGCUUGGCAGAAGUCUUACGUCCACGCUGACUUACGAGACGUUCGAGUAGCUGCCCUCCGCAAUAUCGAGCCCGAUACAGGUGCACAGAUGAGCGUAUCCGACCCAACCGAGCCGGAAUGGCAGAAGACCAACUCCUCCGCUGCCAUCCACCACGUUUCCGUGAACGGUCAGGAUGUGUUCACAUGCACAAGUGAAGCAUGUCGCAAGAGCACGUCGUUGCAGCCUCGCACAGACGUGCACGCCAAUACCAUGAACUUCCGAUCACGACACGCCCCAUCGACUAGCAAAGUCACCUUGGCAAUAUGUGCUUUCUGGGCGAUCUCGCUGCUGUGCUUUCGAUGGGCCACGCGAGACAUACAAGAUGUCUCCUCCCUCGCAGCAUGGGACGCCUGGAGUCUCCCGUCCGUCGCUAUGGGUCUGUUUGGCUAUGUGCGCUUUCUAUCCGCUUUGAUAUUCGCCUUUCUUCCUAAACACACUGUCACCCUCAGCAAUGCGAGCCUGCCCUCGUACCCACUCGCUGUUAAAAGCCCCUACCUGUCUGCUUGGCUGCCCAGUGAUCAGAUUUGGGACAUCGCCAAUGCACAGCCAGAAUUCUGGACGGGCACAUCCAACCUCAACUGGCCUGUUCUUGCGAGAGUCGAUGGAACCACAUACGCCUUACUGAAUGCACCAUCGGGCCUGACCAGCGACAUUCUGCGUGCGACCACGAAAGGCGUGAGCUACACCUCUACCCAUACGUACUUUGAGCUCCUUGCCGGAGACGUCACCUUUGUCCUGGACUUCUUCUCACCAGUCUACCCAGCUUCGGAAGACUAUGCGCUUCAAUCUCUGCCUUAUUCCUAUCUUACUGUCAAUGCUACGAGCGAUUACGGGAGCAAGAGCAUACAAGUAUUCAGUGCGAUCGAUCAAACCUGGACAGCACAGAAUGGCGCUGCUGCUCUCAACUUUACUACCAGCAGCAACAACGCUGGCUUCUUCUGGUUCUACAAUUCAGAUGAGAUUUCCUACACGGAAGUCAACGAUAUGGCGACAUGGGGAUCUAUACUGUUCGGCGCUUCAACAUCAAAUGCUACAACUUUUGCUUGUGAUUCGGCAGAUAAUGUUUGUUCGACCUUUGCGAACAAUGGCGCUUUGGACUCGGCGGGUUCUUCAAGCUGCUCGGGUGAUGACUUGGCCGGAGUGGCGACAGACUUGGGUGCUACAAGCAGCGCAACCUUUUUCAUCGGCUUUCAGCGCGACCUUGCGAUUCAAUAUCUGGGAGAGGCACAGACAGGCUUCCACAGGACACUAUGGCCAACGAUUCCAGAAGCAAUUGAUGCCUUCCUUUUGAAUUAUAAUGCGGCGCAGCUGUACUCGCUAGCGCUAGACACGCUCAUCCGCUCAAAAGCAGAGUCUGUCUCCAACGAAUUUGGUGCGCAGUACGCCGACAUUCUCGAAGCAAGCGUCCGUCAAGCUUUUGCGGCCUAUGAGCUGACAGUCCCAAUCGCCGACCAAAGUGCAGAACCUUCUCUGUUCCUCAAAGAGAUAUCUUCUGAUGGCAAUGUGAACACAGUCGAUCUCAUCUUUCAGUCAUGGCCCAUCUUUGUCAAUCUAAAUCCGGAAUAUAUCAAGUUGGUCUUCAAGCCAAUUCUGUCUUACCUUGCCUCCGGAAGAUGGCCGCUGGAGUAUGUCAUACAUGAUAUUGGAACGCACUAUCCCAACGCCACUGGUCAUGACGAUGGCAAUGAGGAGCAUAUGCCACUCUUCGAGACGUCGAGCCUGUUCAUCUUACUUUAUGCUUACCAGGAACUGUCCGGGAACACUUCUUUCACUAAGGAAUACAGUGCGCUACUUCCAGGCUGGGCGGACUACCUCGUCGCGAAUUCUCUCUACCCGCCAAGCCAGCUCAUUAGUGUUGAUGCUAUUCCAGCGACUGCUAACCAAACAGGCCUGGCAAUACAAUCAGUGAUCGGUCUGAAAGCUGCUGCAAUUCUGACAGGCAAUGACACAUAUGCCGACAUAGCUGAUGAGUACGCGAAGAUCAUCUACAACGAAGCUCUCGGUCUUAACAGUGCGAGCGUCAAUACAAGCACACAUUUCACCUACAAUUAUGGCGACACAGACACUUGGAAUGUGCUGUUUCCAGCGUAUUCCGAUGUCUUCCUCAACCUAAGCACAUUCCCGCAGGAGGCGUGGGAUAAACAGUCCGCGUUCUACCUUACACAGAUCCAGGAGUACGGUCUCGCUUUUGCCGGACCAGAAAGCGACCGGGGGAUCAACUGGGCUCUGACCGAUUGGAACAUAAUGUAUGCUUCGAUCGCCGGCACUGAUCUCCAGCAAGCGAUCAUUAACACCACGCAUGCCUUCUUAACAGACGGCCAGAACGAUAUCCCUUUUGGCACGAAGUACAUUGUUUCUGGCGCCGAAGCUGGAAAGUGGAUCGGGAACAGAGCUCGAGGUACGGUGGGAACACAUUUCGCUUUUACGGCGCUGAAGCAGCGUCGCUGGACUCUGCCAUGAUGGUCUGAACGCUCGGCAGGGUAUAUAUAUAACACAAACCGACCUCGCGUACGAAUUACCUAUACCUUAUUAAAUAGAAUGAAUGCGGCUCUGUUCAGACGCGAACAGAGAUUUGCAAAGU